AUGAGGCCUUCGAACGCCUUGCUAUAUGUGCUCCCCGCCACGCUCUGUGGUGUGGUGGGGGCGAUCCGUACCGAGGAUGCCUUGAGUGCAGCCUUGUCGAGUCAGGAGGACGAGGAGCCUUCGAUUCGGGCCUUCGACUUCCGUGGCUUCACGGAUGCGAUGAAGAUUUCGUUUGCGAAUGGGAGUCACGUGGAUGUGCAGCUUCCAUUCUUCUCCUUGGCAGGUAAGGCUCAGACGAAUCCGUGUAAGCUUGUCAUGUACAGAAGUGCCAAGCACGUGCUUCAGAAGUCGCCCGCAGAAAUCAAGAUGGACACCGUCCUCGCAGCCAAAGUUCAGCUUGUUGAGCUCUGCAAGAGCUUUGCAGGCACCGGCAAGUUGCAAGCAGCCUGUGAAGCGCUGAACCUUCAUGAGGAAGCGGGGCGAAUUCAGGAUGAUGCGGAAGAUGCCGGCGAUGCCAUCCAGGCCUCAGACGCGGCCCCGGAGAACGAGGUCACCAAGAACAUCGUGAGGUCCGUGCAGAGCUUCGCCUGCAUGGUGAAGGAGGGCGCCGAGCUGUCCCGGGUACCUGUCAAGAGGAUGACGGGCUCCAACUGGGUGAGCCGGGGCUUUGCUGCUGGAGUGAACUUCGCCAAGAGGAGGGCCUCCCAGGCCAAGGCCGCCGUGUCGAAGAUGGUCGCCCGCCUUCAGGGCAGCGUCAUCCGCCGCUUCAGCAAGGGCUUGGCCCAGUCCAAGUUCUGCUUCGGGGACUGUAAGAAGUGGGAGAAGCUCCUCAAGACGGCCGUGGGCGACCAGGCAACCUACCCGGAGUCCUGCCAAGAUUUUCUCUCGGAAUUAGGCAUGAUGGAACUGAAGGGCGAUCCCAACGAGCGUCUGGGAAGCAUUGCCCCUCAGCUCUUGAAUGGCAAGCUGUCGGCGUUUGACUUGACCUCUCUCCACGUGGGAAGCGCAAGCAGGAAGGUUGAGGUGAGCGCGGGACGGUCGCUUAAAGUCUCACUUCAGAACACGCUCUCGACGGAGAUCGUCCAGGAAGUUGACCCUUGGGUGCUUGUUGAGACCUGGUUUGCCGGCGAGGACCUGGGAAGUGGCAUCGCCUCAGGAUAUGAGCAAGUGUCCUCGCCAUGGGAAGACUUGCACAAAUACCUCUCAUCGCGCCAGCAGAAAUGCACCGUGGACAAAAUCGGUGUUUUCAACAUGGGCCUGAAGAGGCGAUGGAAUGGUUUCCAGCUCAAGGAGCGCUUCCCCUGGAAGGUGCUUUUCCUGAGCCGCGCUGGCAUACAAAUCCACUCCCAGCAGCUUGGUUCCGGGUGUUCGGGAAUGGCAGAACCCGAGCUUACAGGCAAUGAGAGGCACGCACAUGGGAAGAAUUACGGCUACGACCUACAUGGAGAUCCCGAGGAGCUCGAGUACCCUUGCAAAUGGAUGAGCAAGGCCCGGGAGAGGGGCCUCAAGCCCCGGAACCGGCUGCUGCCGGUCUCGGACCUGAACUUCAGCUUCUUUAACAAGACCAUCGCGCUCCCCAAGUAUCUCUACGAGCCCAGCAACGUCUCCAUGCUCUGGAUGGACGAAGACAACAAGUUCCCUAUUCCGGAGUGGAUGCGGGGCAUGCGGAAGGUCUGGGAUGUGAACAAGUCGAAGAAGUACCUUGCUUGGGACAUGCGCGGGCUGCACGCCGCAAGCGACGCCCCGGAAGUGCUCGGAAAGCUGCGAGAGCUUGGCUGGCAGCCGGACCCGCUGGUUGUGGUGGAGAAGAGCCAAAAUGAGAGUGCGCAGCUCUCUGGUGCAAUUGUGAACUCCGUCUACCCGUACAACAAGCAGCUGGCAGGCCUUCCGUCGCUGCCAACCGAUCCAUUUCGCCACGGAGGUGAGAACAAGCUUUGGUCAAUCUACGACUACACGGAGUCCUACUUGCAAAGCUGCUUCUCCAUUGAUGCGACUUCCUUGCCUUCGGCGAAUGAUGGAGCAAGCGAUUUAGGCGGUGAUCUCACAGCUACGAUCGCCCUCUGCACCAACAACUUUGUCGGUGGGAAUCGGAGCUCCCUACCAUCAGCUUCUCAAAUUCUCAGGGAGGACGUGAUGCAAGAAUUGGUCAGGUACUUCUCGGAGGGUAAGCCAGAAGGCAUGCAAGUCGCAUCGAGCAUCGCCCAGAGUGAAACAGAUUGCACCGGAAAUACGUGCCUGAUGCCCAGCGACUGCAAGGAGAACACGGACAGUCCAUGCCCGAUUGGGCACGGAAACACCUUGACGUUGGGCCCUGGCUUGAUCGCCGCCUGCGAAGCUGCUGGAGUUGCGGGAGCGGCCUUCGGCGGGUUGGCCCUGGUCCCUCUCUGUCCGGUCCUCAUCCCAUUGAUGUUCUAUGCCGUUGCUCCCAUGGGCUCCGAUAUCUUCAUGGCCUUCAUCCUCGCAUCAAUUCUCGGUGGGCUCAACACCUGCGGCUGCAUCCCCCUGAACUGCGAAGCGAGCGCUCGAAUGAAGAACAGCGUCUGCGCGCUGUAUCACAAGCAGGAGGUGGAGAUGGUCAACGAGUACCACUUCAUCCCAGCUCCUGGAGAGAAGUUGCCUUGUUGGCGGCUUUCCCGGGGUGGGGAGGAAGGGUUGGCGAGGGGAGAUCCGAGUCUUUCUGUUCAUGCUGAGGCGCACAGGUGCGUGCCGACGAAGACCCUGGGCAUGGGGAUUACGGGCCUGGGUUGCGGCUCGACGUCUUGCAGCCCAGAGGAGUUGGCAGAUGCGAAGGUCGGAUGGCACGCUGAGAAUGGGAAGGUCUACGGGCACAGCGUUGGCAUCUACAACUGCAAGAAGGGCGACUUCAACGCUUCAGAUGUCAACACCACGAGCGCCUUCGACUACAAGACCUUCGUAGAUCUGCAUCCCAACUGGACAGAGCUGAGGACCAACAUGGUUCCGCAAGCUCAGGCACCGAAGAAGUUCUCGGGGCUUGCGUUGUGGACCGAGGGCUUACCAAAGGGCGUGCAGAAGUGCUUCGAGGGCCGGAAAGGUCUCCGCAAAGGCCUUGGAUACCUCUGCUCAUUCAAACGCGUUGUCGGCACCUUCGCGUCCUUUGUGAUGGGGAUGAUGGAGAAGCUCCUGAAUUUCAUGAUCAAUGUGGUCCUUGGAGCGCUGAAGCUUGUUCGCUUCGUCUUCUUCACGCUCAUGAGCGUCAUCACAAAAGACCUCGGCGGCCAGAGGAAGUGGGCAGGCCAAUGUCCUUCGGUCGAGGAUGAUGCCACAGACACCACGACUCCGGCAAGUUUGAUGCAGUUUGAGGAUGAGGAUGUCUUGAUGAUGCCCCAGUACAUGUCGCAGCAGGAGAGGCUCGGCUUCGACAGCCUCUGCAUGUCAGGCCAAGAGCUACGCCCUUGUGGAGAAGUCGAUCUUUCUGAGUACUACCUCUGA